AUGGCUAGCAAAGAAUAUUACGAACGUUGGUUAGAAAUAAAGAAACAGUUGGAAAUUGCCUUAACUGCAGAUCAAAGACUUCAACAUUUAGCGACAGAAAGUAUUGGUAUAAAACCUCAGAGUACGGCUGUGGAAUUAGUGGCCAAGGUGUAUGCCCAGUACUGCCUUUUAUAUAAUAAGCUAUGCGAGUGUUAUGACCAAAUGGAUCAAAUACAAAGACGACCCUAUAUAAAAAUAAUAAUUGAUACUGUCACUUGUCGUUUAUUGGAACUGAAAUCUACAUUAGAAGCAGUAGAAGUGUUUGAAUUCACGUACCCUGAAAAUGCAUUGCAACAACUGCUUAUUGUCCCCCAUGAUAUAGAAAUACUUUGUCCAUUUUUUUAUCCGUUUGAAACAAGACAAAAAGAAAUGCAAUAUAUUAUUGACCAAAUAUUCUCUGGCAAUCGCAUUGGUGAUCCCACACCUACGCCAUCAGAAAUAGAACGUCGAGAGCAGGCACGUAUUGAAGAAGAAAUAAGAAUACAGGAAGAAAAAGAAGCUCAAUUAAAAAUUAAAAUAGCUUUAGGUGAGGAUAUAGAGUCCGUUAAAUCAGAAGUACUUAGCCCUGAAGAAUUGGAAAAAAGAAAAUUAGAAGAAGAAUACAAUACACAUAUUAAUAACAUUCAACGUAUGGAGCGUUCCAGAUAUGUUAUAAGAGAGAAGAACCAAAAAUUUAAUAAAGACGCUGCUUUAUAUUUGGAACUCGCAGGGCUUAAGAAACCUGAAGCUUCAGAAAAUAUGAAACAAAGGGCGGCUGCGUUAAUUCAAAAAAUUUAUCGACGGUUUAUGGAGAUUAAGCGGGAGCAGCUCAGGGAUAAUCAGCUAAAAGAAAAGCUUCAAAUGAUUAUACCUUCACGUUAUAUUCCGUCGGCUAAAGAUGAGUUACGAAAAGUGCAAGAAAUCCGUCGCAGUUUCAGACAAAAAUAUCAUGAGAAAUGGUUAGUAGAAAACAUUAAAGAAAAAACUCGUGUUUUAAAAUUAAGAGAAGGUGAUAUUAUGGAAGAUAUUUCUGCUGAAAUAAGAGAAUGGUUUCAGGAUUGGUACAAUAACGUGCGAACAUUUGACGAGUUCCCAUGGCCCGAUGAAGGGGGAUCAAUUUUAGUCGUUAAGGGUGAUACUUUUACUAUUGAAGAAUAUAUUGAAUGGCGAACAGCAGAGGACAAAAGACUAAAAGCAGAAGCUGGAAAUCCAAAAACCAAAGAACAAAUUAAAGCAGAGAAGCUAGAGGCCAAAUUAGAAAAGAAGCGUUUGGAAAAGGAAAGAUUAGAAAAAGAGAAAAAGAAGCUCCUUGAUUAUAAAAAAUCUCGAAUGAAUCCAGACAAUGAUCCUGGUGUGUACAUAAAGAUAGGUAAAAAUUACGAUGAAUUGCAGCAAGCAUGGAAAACAUACCAAAAUCAAUGGAAAGACAUUGAUAUACCAGAAGCGCCUUUAAAUGUUAUAAAAGGAUAUAUAAAAGAGCUUCUAACGGAAAAUGUCUAUAAAGAUAUACAUUUACAACUCCGGCCUAUUGUAGAUGAGAUGAUGAGAUUAGAGUUGAUUGAGCUACAAAAGUCACUUAAAAAUGAUUAUCUUGCGGCUGGAAUAAGUAAUCCACCGCGGAGUCAGAAAAGGAAAAAGCCAAAGAAAAAAAAACAACCGAGGCCUGAUAAAAUAUCCCCAGCUGCUAUGUUUCAAGAACUGUUUGAUCAGGGUAUUAUAAAGGAGCAUCCUCAUUUAAGUCUAGACGAUUUUUGGGGAGAACGCAAUUAUGCGGCCGCUGAUAUGAGAGCUGUAGAAUGGACGCCCUCGUUUCCUCCUCCUUGCUUAGGUGAUGUAAGAGAGCAAGUAAGAGUACGUUGUAUGUUAGCGCUUGGAUCCUCGUGCACCAGUGCGAUCCGAUCACACCUGCUUGUUGGUCCAAGAGGUGCUGGUAAAAGAACUCUGAUAUACGCCUUAGCAACGGAAACUAAUGCAUUAUUAAUAGACCUUUCGCCAUUGAAUGUAUAUAACAAAUUUCCUGGUCCAAAAAAUUUAAAAAAAAUGUUCACGUUUGUUAAUAAAAUUAGCCGAUUAAUGCAGCCUACGAUAAUUUUAGUGGCCGACGCUGACAAAAUGUUUUACAAGAGAGUUCCGAAUGAAGAAAGAAUGUUCGAUCCAUUACGAAUGCAAAAAGACUUUUUCAAGGAAAUAAUUAAACCAAUUACACAUUUAGACAAGAUUUUAGUUUUGGGUACAGCUUCUGAGCCGUGGUUAUCAAAAGCUGCUCCAAUGAGUAAAGCAUUUCCAUCUAUUAUUAUGUUUCCGAGAACAGAUUACGGGAGUAUAUCAUUCUUACUGAAGAAUAUGUUGAUGAAGUAUCAUGGAAUAAAUCGAGAAUUUAAUGUACAUAGUAUAGCACAAGUUUUAAGAGGUUAUGACAUAAAGACAAUAAAAAGAGCCCUUGAUACAAUUAUGGAUGGAAAAAGAAUAACUCAGUUAUACUAUAAGCCCCUACAACCCUCAGAAAUACUUGACGCUGUCAUGAAAGACGAUCGGAGCAACUACGUUGACCAAACGGACUAUGAGAUGUUCUCUCAAUGGUACCUUUCGUUCUCUCCGUGGGGCCAGGAGUAUUUGUAUUAUAUGUCCAUGUUGGAAUCUCAACUAAUGUACAAAAUGAAAGCCGAUAAGAAAAAGAAAAAGUAG